AUGCCUGAAAUUCAAGAAUCCCUAAUCAUCUCAGCACCUCCGGCCAAAGUCUGGGCUUUCCUAAUGGAUCUCAAAUCCUGGCCCGAAUGGAACACCUUUGUUACAUCAAUCGAGAUCCAACCACCGCAUUCUGAGCUCUCUGUCGGCAGCAAGCAAACUAUAAUCAUCAACAAGAGCCAAUCAUAUACCAAUACCGUCUCUGUGCUUAUUCCAGAAAAAGAACUUCGAUGGAAUGGCAGCAUUCUUACACCAGCCUUCAUUGACACAGAACAUUGGUGUUUACUAGAAAGAGUUGACGGGGACGACACUUUGACACGUUUUGUUCAGGGUGAACGGUUCUCUGGAAUGUUGGCACCUAUCGUAGGGGCGAUGGGAAAGUUGGAAGAGUUGAGAGAGGGAUAUGUGAGGAUGAAUCAGGAUUUGAAGAAGGCUAUAGAAGGCGAGACUAUCUAA